AUGAUUGGGCUUUGCAACCGCUCAGCAGCCUGCGUGGCUGGUGCUGGGUCGAAGGCGACAACGCCAUGCUCUCCGAGGACUCCCGCAUCUUCGGUUGGUUGCCAUCGCACCGCUUGGAGGCGGUGGCGAUCGCCGUCGUGUGGCCCCCUUGGCGCAGUACCUGGCUGCUUGAACCUCGCCGAGUGCGCGAUGCCCUGUCGCCGGAGGGAGUGCGGUCGCUGUGCUGCUGUCGCAUGCCGGUACAGUUGCUGCGUCGUGCUGCAGAAUGGGCUCACUAAUGGUUUGGGUUUUUUUGGGAGGUGUUGA